CCCUGAUGAGGUGGUGGAGAUGAUGCAUAGACGCGUUGCGUUUGUGUUUGAGGAGUUCUUCAAGUCCCUCUCCACCCAAGUGCACACAGCACUGGAGUCUGCCAGGAUCAACCUGUUCAGCGGCGACAACGCGUGGCAGAGGGCCCUUGAGCCAGCAGCUGUCACCCCUAACCACCCCUGCUGUGGUGGGAUGAACAGACGAGCCCUGCCAUGUGAUGACCAUCCAGCCACGCUGUAUGCGGCUGUGGAAACAGCAGCACCAACUCACACCACAAACAAGCGAGCGAUGAGCAACGUGAGCGGGAGCUGGCUGUUUGCUGCUGGGGAACAGGUGGCGACAGCACAAGUUGCAUUUUCGGCAGCAGCAGCAGCAGAGGCGAUGCACACUUACAGGCAGCAGGAUGAGGGAAAUGUCGAGGAUACUUGCCACGCGUGCCAGCUGCACUCGCCUCGCACAUGCGGGCUCGCAUGCCGGCUGCUGCUGCAACUCCCCCAAUUCGGCGGCCGCUGCUGUGCUCAUGCAGUGUUCCCAUGCGUGAGCAAGGAGCAGCUGUGGACACACACGUCCAUGGUCAUGGUGGGCACAUCCAACCACAGCGACGCAGUCAUUGCGCAGCUGUCACCAUCGACCGCACAGCCGCCAUCACACCCAGGUGACACCAGCCCUGAUCUGGCCGUUGAGGAGGCGCAUGAAGCGGUGGAACCAACGACGAUGACGAUGACGAGUGAUGAAGCAGCAACAGCAACAGCAACUGCUGAUGCGUGGCUGCAAUUUGGAUGA